CUGAAAACGCUUCAUUACAGUUACAUAGCGAUCCUGGUGCGGCUGUAGACAGCGACUGUAAAUGAAGAGUUAGCCGUUUAUGAGCAAUGGCCAGGCCGCCUUUACAUACAGCUGGGUGACUUCCCGCGGUGUUUUGGAGCUGCUAUGAAGGCGGGGGCCUCGUCCAUGUGGGCAUCAUGCUGUGGUCUGUUAAAUGAAGUGAUGGGUACCGGGGCCGUGAGAGGGCAGCAGCCAGGUUUCGGGGCCGGUGCGGGGCCAUUUCGUUUCGCUCCCACAGCAGGAUACUCCACAUACCCACCUACAAACUCCACCAACACCAGCCUGGUGUGUCAGUCCUGUAGACAAGCCUUCUCUGUCUUUAGGAGAAGGCACAUCUGUUGUGACUGUAAGAAGAGUUUUUGUUCGCUGUGCUCAGUACUUCAGGAAAACCUGCGCAGAUGCUCAACUUGUCAGCUGCUGAAGGGCACUUCAUUCCAGCGUCCACAGCUCAUGCGUUUGCGUGUUAAAGACUUGCGGCAGUACCUUGUGUUACGCAACAUUAACACUGAUACCUGCAGGGAGAAAGAGGACCUUGUGGACUUGGUGCUUUGCCAUCAAGGUGCAGAAAGUGAGGAUGAUCCAGACACGCCUUCUCUGCAGUCACGCCCCCUGUAUAGCCCACCUCCUUCAAUUGAAGAGCCCACUUCCCCUCUCUCAGCUAUCUCUCCAACUCAAGGAGAACCAAUCAGUAGGAGCAACAGCUCAGAGUCCACCAAUCAGGAUAUUGAGGACUCCACUUCUGUCUCGCUCCUUAAUCUUGACCAGGCAGAACACACACCAGAGGUUAGUCCUCAGACGCGGCGGCGGGCUAGAGCUUCUCUGUCAGAUCUGUCCUCCCUUGAUGACGUGGAGCAGUUGACCGUCCGGCAGCUGAAGGAGAUCCUCGCGAGGAACUUUGUGAGCUUCUCCGGCUGCUGUGAGAAGUGGGAGCUGGUGGAGCGCGUCAGGAGGCUUUACCGGGAAAGCGAGGACAAUCGCAAAUCUAUGGAAAAUGUGAGCAACCCCAUCACUGCAGUGGUAGCUUAUCCCCCUCCAAUCUGCAAUGGCGGAAUCGGAGAUGGUUGCAGGACCCAGUUAUCAACUGACGACAACCUGUGUCGCAUCUGCAUGGACGCUGUAAUUGACUGUGUACUGCUGGAGUGCGGUCACAUGGUCACCUGCACUAAAUGCGGGAAGCGCAUGAACGAAUGCCCUAUAUGCAGACAAUACGUUAUCAGGGCUGUGCAUGUUUUCAAGUCUUAAUACUUCUAGGAGUACGUCCUGUUCCACCUGCAGACUGCAUUAGGGAUUCGGUGAGGACGCAUCCAGCAAGUGCCCGUCUUCACAUCAGAUUAGUGCGGAAGAUAAGGUUCUCUGCUUAAUUUUUCAUGAUGUUUCAGGAAGCCUUCAGACAGUAGGCCACAAUGGCUUUGUCAAUAAAUGCUUCAGUAAAAACAUUCCACAAGCUCUACAAAGAGGCUCUGUAAUAAUAUGCAAUUGUUCAGCAGCAACACCUCACAGCCUUGACUUGAUGUCCUACAGCUUUGAAGACAUUCUGCUCACAUGUCACAUGCAAGCACUGUGAGAAACUCAAAAAAAGAACAAAAAUAAUGAGAAUUACUCAAGUGUUUUCAUCAACAUGCACCAUAACUCAGGAUGGAAGGAUUUGAAUGUUCCUAUUGCUCUUUUGAUUCUUUUUUUGUUGCAACAUCUGUGAAUGGGCCUUUGUUUCCUGUUUAUAUUAUGAAUCCUUUUGGAUUUUUGAACAAAGUUUUUCCUGCAAGUAACAUUGUACCCUCUGAUAACUUGACACUGGUACCAUUCAACAAAUUAUAAGCGGCAUAAUGAACGUUUCAUGGUCCUCAACAGAUUAGUCCUCUGUUUUUUUAAUCAUAUGACUUCCUUUCUUUGUCAAAAGUCUUAGGACAUUUGCUGGUUUCUUGAAUAUGUGAGUAGUAAACCAGUCUAUAAACCUGUUGUUAAAUCAGUGUAAGUGGUAAGAAAUAAGAGAGAAUGGAACUGUUUUGUAUUCACCAAAUAAUUAAAUGUAUGGGGUAAGUGUCAUAUUUGAAAAGUAGGACCAUAAACAGGUACAAUAUAACUGCUUUAAGUCAAUAUAAUUUGAAAAUGUGCAUUUUAUACAUGUGCAAAGUAACCGUAACUUCAACAUUAUGCACGGUGUAAAAGAAGAGGGAUGAUUUGGGUGCCAAAAAGGUGCAUUUCUGUCUCCAGUGCACUACAGUUGUUGUUAGUACUUGAAUUAAUGUAAGUCGGAAAACCUUAAAAAUACAACAAAAAUAGUAAUCAAUUGAGAAUGAUGACCCAAACAAAUGAUCUACCCAUAUUUUGUAGCCAUUAUUCAUGUGUACGAUAAACCUGAUUAGAUGUUGGAUCAUAGCACAUUGCAUAGAGCUGACAAGCAUCAGCUGCACCACAGCAAUACCAGCCUCUAUUUUUGUGUGUCAUUUUUUAGAUUAUAAGGGAUUCGUGUAACAUUUAGUUGUUUAUUCCGAUUCAUUACAUCCUUGUUUAAUGUGUUAUGUCUGACAUGUCUUUAAUUCCUGUGUAAAUACCUAUUCAGAUAAGCUUAUUUUUCUUAACAAAAAAUAAUUUGAUAUUUGUUUCUUUUGAUCAGUUGCUGUUACUUUAAUAUAGAAUUAACAAACAAGAUAAAGAGGUAUGUAUGUUCUUAGUUACUUGUGACACUUAAAUAAAAGUGCUAAGAAAGAUUUUCA